GAGUCAUUCUUUCAUACUUUCUGCCAGCUUAAUUUGCUCUUCUACUAGCACAAUCACCUGCCCUGCAUUCAUUCUGCCACCAUCUACAUCCUGUGCUCCAGCUUGCUCUAAUAGAACAGUGGCAGGGGUGUGUUGUGUGAGGGGAAGCUCAAAACAAAAUAAGCCUUACAAAAAAAUCCCUUGAAUGUCAGCCUUGCUUUGCCAUGCAGCUUAGCUGAACAUAGUUUCUGUAGCAUUAGCACACAAGAGCCUUCUGGGGAUCUCACCACCCAAACAAACACAUGUACGUCAGGCCCUGGUUAUGGAUUUGUUUGGUGUUACCAGGGGCACCGGGAAGCCUAAUCCUGCUUUCACUGAGUGCUGUGUGUUCAGCCUGGCUGUAACCCAGAAACCUUUCAGAGAAGGCUAACCCCCGUGUCCGUCUCUAACAACAAAGAUCUCUCCUGCAUGGGGAUGGGCUUCAGAAUGCUAUAAAAAGCAGCCAUUCCAAACACCUCCACCUCCAUCCUUCGUCCUCUGAGCUCAUCGCUGCCAGGUCGGAGAACUUUUGCAAGAUGCGUGAGUGCAUUUCUGUCCAUGUUGGCCAGGCUGGUGUGCAGAUUGGCAAUGCAUGCUGGGAGUUGUACUGUCUGGAGCAUGGGAUCCAACCAGAUGGGCAGAUGCCCAGUGACAAAACCAUUGGAGGUGGAGAUGACUCCUUUAAUACCUUCUUCAGUGAAACUGGAGCUGGGAAGCAUGUGCCUAGGGCUGUUUUUGUGGACCUGGAACCCACUGUGAUUGAUGAGGUUCGGACUGGCACCUAUCGCCAACUCUUCCACCCAGAACAGCUGAUCACUGGCAAGGAAGAUGCUGCCAAUAACUAUGCACGUGGCCACUACACCAUUGGCAAAGAGAUCAUUGAUUUGGUGUUGGACAGGAUCCGGAAGCUGGCUGACCAAUGCACAGGGCUCCAGGGAUUCCUCAUCUUUCACAGCUUUGGGGGAGGCACUGGCUCAGGAUUCACCUCCCUGCUGAUGGAACGGCUCUCUGUUGACUAUGGCAAGAAGUCGAAGUUGGAGUUCUCCAUCUACCCAGCACCACAGAUAUCAACAGCUGUAGUGGAGCCCUACAAUUCCAUUCUUACUACACAUACCACCCUCGAGCACUCAGAUUGUGCUUUCAUGGUGGACAAUGAAGCCAUCUAUGAUAUCUGUCGCAGGAACCUGGACAUUGAGCGCCCAACCUACACAAAUCUCAACCGCCUGAUUGGCCAGAUUGUGUCCUCCAUCACUGCGUCCCUGCGCUUUGAUGGGGCUCUCAAUGUAGACCUGACAGAGUUCCAGACCAACCUAGUGCCCUACCCCCGUAUCCACUUCCCUCUAGCCACUUAUGCCCCAGUCAUCUCGGCUGAAAAGGCUUAUCAUGAGCAGCUUUCUGUGGCUGAGAUCACAAAUUCUUGCUUUGAGCCAGCCAACCAGAUGGUGAAAUGUGACCCCCGCCAUGGCAAAUAUAUGGCCUGCUGCCUUUUGUACCGGGGUGAUGUGGUGCCCAAGGAUGUCAAUGCUGCUAUUGCCACCAUUAAAACAAAGCGCACAAUCCAGUUCGUGGACUGGUGCCCCACAGGCUUCAAGGUAGGCAUCAACUACCAGCCCCCCACUGUGGUCCCUGGUGGAGACCUAGCCAAAGUGCAGAGGGCAGUGUGUAUGCUGAGCAACACAACGGCCAUAGCUGAGGCCUGGGCCCGCCUGGAUCACAAGUUUGACCUGAUGUAUGCCAAGCGGGCUUUUGUCCACUGGUAUGUGGGGGAAGGCAUGGAAGAAGGGGAAUUCUCUGAAGCUCGGGAGGACAUGGCUGCCCUGGAGAAGGAUUAUGAAGAGGUGGGGACAGAUAGUAUUGAUGGAGAAGGAGAAGAAGAGGAAGGUGAUGAGUAUUAGUCCAUCCAGUUUUCUGUUGUGUGAUGGGAAACACCGAUUGAGCAGUUGGAAAUUCUCUUCUCCAAAUUCAAUGUCUUUAUUGCAGUCAGCAACCAGUCUUUUGUCUUCCCCAAAUAAAAAUAUUAACUAUG